AUGCAUACGACAGUCAAAUACGAACAAGGUGUGCCUUAUUAUUCUCCUCCCACGCCGCGCAUGUCAUCGUCCAACUACCGACCGACACUUACGAGUAAUUGCAGCGAUUCCAGUACUCCAUCCAAUGCCGUCAAACGGUCGAGAGAAGAUUUGAAUCAGAAGGAAAAGCAGCGUAUGUUCAAGUUGAAUGAACGUAUCAGUCAGCUGAAAGCAUUGCUGGAUGAUGCUGGUGUCCAGACAAAGAAGAACAAGCAGUCCGUUCUGGACAAUACGUCACAAUACAUUGAAAUGCUACGUGGAGAUCUUGAAAUUGCUCAGCAAAAGGCAGAACAAGCACAGAAAGAAACCAAAAUGUUUCUUGCACAGGAAAAUGGGGGCAAACAAACCGUGGGGAACAAGGUCAUGAGUGGUGUGUUCCAGAAGACAACAACACCUCGAGUGGUGCUAGAUAUAGACAUGAAGACGGUCGUGUUUAACACUGCGUUCGUCAAGCUUACAGGCCUGUCGGAACUUGUACUGAAGAAGAAAAAAUCUUUGCAACCGUAUUUGUGUGCGGACCAAACCAAGUUCCAGUGCAUCAUAAAGAAAGUUCGAGAGACGAAACAGUCGGUAUGUGCAGUCGUGAAAUCGUCCGUUGCGGACGUCAAUUUGAUAGCUUCCGCUGUAACAGACAGCGAGAACAACGUUACGAACGUCGAGCUUAGUCUUAUUCCAAUGGAAAUGCAGCAGCAACAGCGACCAUCGGCGACAAAGCGGCAGAAAAUCAGAGCCGCUCACAACGGUACGAUAGGUUCCGUCCCAAAGAGUGACACGGCUAAUGAUCUGAAAAGGUAA